GAUAAUAUUGAUAGGAGCCAAAUGGAUCAGCCGUAUUAUAAAUAAUUUUCUAAAUCUGAAUAUUUUUGAUUCCACAUUGAUUCCAAAGAUUAAGAAGAGGUUUGAUAUUUAAGGAUCAUAUUUUAGAUAACCUAGCAUUCUGAGACCCUUAACUUUUCGGCUGAGUAGAUUGUGAAAAAAGGCGGGCGAAGAGCGACGAAAACUAAGGUAAAAUUACAAAGAUGUCGAUAAAAGUGGGGAAUCAUAUAUUUAUGAUUCUCUGUCCUCCGCCUAACACAUGCAUUCGUCUUCUCUUAAGUCGAAAAAGGUACAUGUAAUACAGUUAUCGUUUUGUACUUUACCAAAAAACACAUCACUCAUUAUUCGAAUUUUGUACUUGACUUGAUAUAAAUUUUCUUUCUUGUCAAAGAAUGAAGUGAAAAAAUUCAAGAAAAAAAAAACAAAUAGAAACAAAAAACAAAAUAUUUGGCGUGCAAUUUAUUGUAUAUAUUUGUUUGAUUUCGUUUAAUCAAAGUAUAUAAAAUUUAGUUUGCAUUUUUUUGUUAUAAAUUUUUGUGACGGUCAGACAGUCCAAGUCAGACCAUGCAUACGCAAAAUUUUUACGGCGUAGAUAUUGAAGAGGAUCUCGGCAUACCAUUGUCAUAUGAUGCGGCCUGGAAGAUUUUCAAUCGUUGGCCGCGUGAAGUGCGCGUACAACACCAACGAUUGGGUCAACGCACAACGCCCUCGAAGCACACCUGGUGCUUCUGCGAGGAAAAGAAUUGUACAACACGCUGUCCAUUAUUCGGAUUCUAUCGCAAGAAAAACGAACAAACGGAAAAUAAAUUAAACGGCAUAAUGACGCAUGCGGCAGUUGGGGGCGAAAGUGGUGCAACCGAGUAUAAAGAUGUGCUACGUAGCCUCAAUAAAUGGUACAACAGCCGUUGCGCGGCCGGUUCGAGUCAAGUAUUGGAUUUGUCGAAGUUGGAGCAAUUGAAGAUUAAAUACAAAUAUCCCGCAUUUUCUUUAAAUAGAAAGAAUAGUUCACGGCGAUUUCGUAGACGCGACAGCAGAUCGUUUUUAUAUAAAGGCAACAAGUACAACCAGCCCUCGGUGACGUCCAGCAAGAGUAAGAAGUUUAGCCGCGCGAGUGAGGAGUACGAGAGCUCAGAGUUGUAUAAUAUAAUUGAGAAUCAAUUGCGUAAUCUCAGUGUGAGUCAGUCACGUCUCAAACAUAUGAGUGCAAGUCUCUGUCGUUUGGCCUACGCGAAGAAGCAAGCUUCCAGAACGAAAUUGCGGCCGCAGAUCUACAAGCGUAAAGUCGUGCGUAGAUAUCGCAGUGAUAUACCGAUUGUCAGCAAUAGCGAGAGCACUGGCAAUACUAAUACGAGUAAAACGUCGAAUUUUUGCAGUAAAAGUAGUCGGAAUAGUAAGUCCACGAAGAGCACUGAGCUCAGUAAAGGCAGUAAGACCAGCGAGAGCAGCAAGUCUACCAAAGCUAGAAUGACAACCAGGCGCAAUAAGGCCGGCAAGAGCAAAAAUAGCAAAGCCAAGCCCAACGAGAGUAGUAAGAUUGCCGAGAACAAAAAGGCGAGCAAGAGUAGUAAGGUUAGUACGGACAGAAAGGUGAGAGCGAGUUGCAAGUUUAGUAAGGAUAGCAAGUUGAGUGCGGGCAGUAAGACAAGCAAAAUGAGUAAGACGAGUAAAACAAGUGAGAGCAGCAAGACCAGCGACAGCUACAAAUCAAUAAAUGACAGCAAAGUUACCAAUUCCAGCAAGAGUAGUGACAGCAGUCGUGGUAAAGGCACCAGCAAAAAUACCUGCAAAACUGGUGCAACUAGCAAGAGCGGUGCGGCCAGCUUGAGUACCGACACCAGCAAACGCAGUCGAACCAGCAAAAGUAAGGCAACGAGUAAGAAUAGCGCCGGCAGCAAGGCCACCAAUGUCACCAAAGCCACGACGAUCAGUCAUCCUAUUGCCAGAAGCAUACGCUUCAAUCUGGAUAAAGGUAAGCGCGGCGCUGCGCGUUCUGCUGGUGAUGAAGAGGUCAAGUGCAAGCGUAAAGCCACCGCCGGCAGCGUAAUGAAAGAACAUGUCAAAGUGGAAAAGCCACAGAUACAGCGUAUCGGCGGCACUAAUGAAAUACUCAAUCGUAGCAAUCGUAGACCAAUCGUCGCUUGGAACUGCGGUGCCGGCUUGAACCGUAAGCCAACAGUCGAGGCUGUGACCAAACCGCAUAGCAAGAUCGCAUUCAAUCACUUGGCUCCUAGCAGUUGUCUAAUAAGAAAACAUUAUAAACGCACUAUCUUCAUUGAUGCCGGUGGUGGCGGUGAUGAUGUGAGUCGUCAAUGCGGCCGCCGCAAGAUUACCAGAAAACCAUCGGUGCGCCUCUCUAAGCCAAUAAUGUCCUUCUUUCGCAAACAGCGCACGAUCUCCAAGCAAAGUAUGACAAUGCGCGGUAAGAAGUCGCGGUGUUUCUUAAUUAAAGGCGAGCGCCGCAAGUGAUAUAGUCAAAAUUUGUUAACGUGUGUUUUAAAAUUGUGAUUUUUUAAAUUGUUUACAGCAGCUAAAUUCGCUGUGGUCUUGUAAAUAGCUUCUUGAACUCUAUUUCACAAAAUCACAAUGAAUUUUGUUGUUGUAAAGUGUUCUGUAAAUCUGUAGUUUUUGUUGAAUUUAAAUUGUCUAUUCUACUAUGUAUUUGUUUGUGGUUUUUAAAUUAUUGAUUUGCAAUAUAUUUCAAGUUUUGGAAAUUUUUUCUGGUUAUUUAAGGACUCUCUUUAUUUCUGAUGGCGGGUUUUAAUUAGAAUAUCGAACUAAUUUUUUACAAUUCGCAUUUUAUGGUUAAUGCUUAAUUAAGUCCAAGUAUUGAAUCUUGAAAUGGAUCUAGUAGUGAACGAGUGCAAAACGAAGUACCAUCAUCAUCAUGCAAAGGAACGCAGCGGUUAGGAGAUCACGUCACUGUUGGCAGUUAUAACUUCGUGAUAGUAAAAAACUUCGCAUAUCUAGUUUCCAGCAUAAACACCACCAGUCCGAAAACAAUUGAAGGAUCACUCUUGCGAACGGAUGCUAUCACAGAUUCAAUUGACAAUUGAAAAGCAGAGCCCUCUAACUAAGAUGAGCGCUUCUUAGGACUGUUCGAAAAUCCUCCGAAGGAUUUAUGGU